AAAUUUGUUCCAUAGAGGUCGAUUUCAGCUGUCUCUCUUUCUCCUCUCCCCUCCCUUCCCCUCCCUCUGUGCGUGUGCGCGCGCGCGCUCCGAGUUGGCGCUCACAUCCAUUAACAAGAGCAGGGUGUUGGUAGGCGAAGAGAGUUCAAUAUGCAGCUCUUUAACUAUUUCGCGAAACUAACACCGUUUAACUUGGAAGCGUUUCGCUUCUAUCAUGUCUUCGCAGUCGUGUGCAUCAUCUACAUUUCAUCAGUACUGAUUAAAUGCUCGUUUAAGAGAAACCGCUGGAUGCGUGCCUUAGAGCAGUUUCCUGGACCUCCUGGACACUGGCUGCUUGGACAUGCUACACAGUUUAAACAGGAUGGAACAGAUUUGGAGAAGAUACCCAAAUGGGGAGAACAAUAUCCCUUUGCUUUCCCAUUGCAUUUUGGCCCAGAUAUUAUAUAUCUUUUUGUCCAUCACCCAUCGUACGUCAAGCCCAUUCUGGCAACAACAGGACCCAAGGACAUUUCAUAUAGAUUUCUCAUCUCUUGGAUAGGAGAAGGUUUACUUGUAAGUGCUGGACAGAAAUGGUUUUGCCACAGACGACUUCUCACACCAGGCUUCCAUUAUGAUAUCUUGAAGCCUUACAUGAACCUACUGGCAGAUUCAGCCAACAUUAUGCUAGACAAGUGGGAAGUGUAUGCAAAAACAGGGCAGACCUUUGAACUUUUUCAGCAUGUUAGUUUGAUGACACUGGACAGCAUAAUGAAGUGUGCAUUUAGCUGCCAAAGCAACUGUCAGACUGAGAGCAGGACCAACCCAUACAUAAAGGCAGUGUAUGAAUUGUGCAAUCUGGUGAACCUACGAUUUCGUGUCUUUCCAUAUCGCAAUGACAUCAUCUUUCACCUGAGUCCACAUGGCUACAGAUACAGAAGAGCAUGCAAAAUUGCACACACUCAUACAGAUGAAGUCAUAAGACAGAGAAGAGAAAUUUUAAAUAAUAAUAAGAAGAACCAGGAUGAUGCUCAGGAGAAGAGAUAUUUAGACUUUCUUGACAUCCUUCUCUGUGCUCGUGAUGAGCAGCAGCAAGGCUUGUCAGAUGAAGCCAUCCGAGCAGAGGUGGACACUUUUAUGUUUGAGGGACACGACACUACUGCCAGUGGCAUCUCCUGGAUCUUCUACAGCAUGGCCUGCAAUCCUGAGCAUCAGCAGAAGUGCAGAGAGGAGAUUCAGCAAGUGCUAAUGGGAAAGGAUACUAUCGAGUGGGAGGACCUCAGUAAAAUACCAUACACCACAAUGUGCAUUAAGGAAUCUCUGCGCAUGUAUCCUCCUGUUCCGGGAAUGGGACGAAGGUUAUCCCAGCCAAUUACUUUUUUUGAUGGAAGAACAGUUCCUGCAGGCCAGCUUAUUGGAAUAAGUAUUUAUGGGAUUCAUCACAACCCUACAGUUUGGGAGAAUCCAAAGGUCUUUGAUCCACUAAGAUUUCUGCCAGAAAACACUGCUAAGAGAUCACCCCAUGCCUUUGUGCCUUUCUCAGCUGGACCAAGAAACUGCAUUGGCCAGAACUUUGCAAUGAAUGAGAUGAAAGUGGCCGUGGCUCUGACGCUGAGGAAGUAUGUUCUCAUCAAAGAUCCAGACCAUACUCCAAAGAUGAUCCCACGACUAGUGCUCAGAUCUCUCAAUGGUAUACACCUCAAGAUCAAAUUAGUUGAAAAUUGAGAAGAUAUACAAGUCUUAAUUGAUAUUUGUGAAUUUAACUUUAUAACUGAAUCUUUAUAUUCUUAAUACUAUGUUUAUAGACAACCAAAAUCUGUAAGUAUUCUGGAAAUCUGGCAAUAUUCAAGACCUACUAAUCGCUCCUUUUUAGUAAACUAACUAUGGAAAAUGUAUACAAAAUGAUUGUUCUACGAAUUUUAACACUAUUUUGGAAGCACUAGUCAUGUAUUUGGUGUGGUUUGGUUUACUGCUGCAGUACGUUUUUUUUUUUUUCCUUAAUUUGUGCUUUAUAUUUUGUGUCUUCUGUAUUAACUUGCAUUCAGUUUUUCCUGGACACACCUUACAUCCACUUAAUGUGUUACUCUGGACAAACAUCACUCUUGUAAAAUAAAAAGAUACUGAUUAA